AUGGGUGACAAUAACAAACAAGAUUUGUCACUGGAUCGUCUUGACUCAUUGGUGUAUUUGGAUUGUGUUCUCAAGGAAGUACUCCGAUAUUGUCCACCCAUCAAUGCAACAGUUCGCACUUUGACCGUUGAUGAUCGUCUGCCCGAAAGUGGAGCUCAAUUGGUAAAAGGUGAUCAAGUGUUUAUUCCAUUGCACAAUCUUGCACGGGAUACUCGUUACUGGUCAGUCGACCCUGAACUCUUCUAUCCCGAAAGAUUUCUGAAUGAAGACAAGAAUCAUCAUGCUUAUGCAUUCAUUCCUUUUGGUAGUGGCCAUCGUCAAUGUAUUGGACAAGAUUUAGCGCGAUUUGAGCUGAAAGUAAUUGCAGCAAGACUGAUGCAAUAUGUAACAUUUGGUGAUGGUGGUUCUCAAGUCAAUGCUGGUGGACAUUCGUUUGUGCUCACCAUCAUACCCCGACAGGUUGCAGUCACCAUCACGUUCGAUUGA